CUAAUUUAUGGGCUCAGCCGGUAAGCGAAUGGCGUUUUUAUUGAAUUUACUUUGGGGCCAUGCGUAAAAAUGAAGGAUCCAAAAGAAGUUUUACAAGAAGAAGACAAUUUGAUAGCAAUCAACAAAAUGGAGAAUUUAGAAGGCGAUUCAAAUGACAGAGAUGCUGAGAGUCACAUGCUGCACAGUAUGGAGCCAUCGCUGUCCCUCAGCAACGCUUCCGCCCACAGUCCGGGUGGCAGUCAGGCCCUUAGUCCUGCACUAAGUCUGAGCGGUGGUAACAGCAAUAGCAAUGGCAACUUAUCCACUAGUGGCAGCAAUACCGCUGCCAUCAAUAAUAAUAAUAACUCAUUUGCGCAAAAUAACAACUCACAAUCAUCGAAUGUUUGUGCAAUUUGUGGUGAUCGCGCCACCGGUAAACAUUAUGGUGCUUCCAGUUGUGACGGCUGCAAAGGUUUCUUCCGACGCAGCGUGCGCAAGAAUCACCAAUAUACCUGCAGAUUCUCACGGAAUUGCGUCGUAGACAAGGACAAGCGUAACCAGUGUCGGUAUUGUCGGUUGCGCAAAUGCUUCAAGGCGGGCAUGAAAAAGGAGGCCGUUCAAAAUGAACGCGAUCGCAUUAGCUGUCGUCGCACCUCGAAUGAAGAUCCCGAUCCGGGUAAUGGUUUGUCCGUCAUAUCGCUGGUGAAGGCAGAGAUUGAGAGCCGUCAGUCGAAAGCGGGUGCCGCUAUGGAGACCAAUCCGAAUGAAGAUCUCUCAAAUAAACAAUUUGCCAGCAUCAACGAUGUGUGUGAAUCGAUGAAACAACAGCUGCUGACGCUUGUCGAAUGGGCCAAACACAUACCAGCAUUCAAUGAUCUGCAGCUGGACGAUCAAGUGGCGUUGCUGCGCGCGCAUGCUGGCGAACACCUGUUGCUGGGUUUGUCACGCCGCUCUAUGCACUUGAAAGAUGUGCUAUUGUUGGGCAACAACUGUGUCAUCACAAAGCAUUGUCCAGACGCACGUCUUUCGCCAAACUUAGAUAUCUCGCGAAUCGGUGCUAGAAUCAUUGAUGAGCUUGUUUUUGCGCUGAGAGAUGUGAAUAUUGAUGAUACGGAAUUGGCAUGCAUCAAGGCUUUGGUGUUUUUCGAUCCAAACGCGAAGGGUCUUAACGAACCACAGCGCAUCAAGACGUUACGUCACCAAAUCCUUAACAAUCUGGAAGAUUACGUAUCGGACCGACAGUACGAGUCACGCGGUCGCUUUGGCGAAAUCCUCUUAAUACUGCCUGUACUGCAAUCUAUCACUUGGCAAAUGAUCGAACAGAUACAGUUUGCGAAAAUUUUCGGAGUUGCUCACAUUGACUCGCUAUUGCAGGAAAUGCUACUUGGAGGUGAAUUGGCCGACAACUCGCCACUCUCGCCGCCAAGCUUGAACAACUACAGCCCAACACGGAACAUGGAUUCGAGCCAUGUGACAUCAACUUUGGACGUACUUACGUCGCCCCGUUCCGCCGACCACUUAUCAGCGUGUAUGGACAGCAGCAGCCUGGAUGCUCAAAUGAUGUCACCGCUGCUCGAGAAUAUAUCUUCACCGCCAACGCAAUAUAACACCAUGCGCACUAAUCCGACGCAACGCACACAGCAACAACACUCAACUGGCUCUGCAACACCACAUCAUACGCGUUCAAUGCAUUCACCGCAGCUCAACGACCCAGAAUCGUCAAAUGCUGAUAUGCACAAUGGAGCCUCCAACAAUAACAAUAACAACAAUCCAUAUAUGGAUGAGAAUAGCAUCUAUAGCUCAAGUGCUGUUGGUGUUUUACGUCCACUGCCAACUGGCAGUGUACACAACUUGCCACAUAUGCCAUCGAAUAUGCAACAGCAUCCGCAUGCAUCGCCAUCGCCUAGUCAAUCCCAAAUGUCAGCUGGUGCUUUAAUGCAGCACUCACCGCCGCUGCAUCGUAAUCAUCCCUACCAAAGGCCUGAACAAAUGAAUACUGCAUCCAAUAAUAAUGGUGGCGGCGCAGGCGCACAACAGCUACGCAAUCCGGCUGAGAUGACGCUGAACGAAUACAAUAGCGGCAGCGCCGAGGAGAUGUUGCGACGCGCGCCACUCAAAAUACGCGGACCUGAUGCGCUGAGCAGUGGCGCUGGCGGUGGCGGUGGGUACAUGAUGGGUGGUGGUGGAGGUGGUGGGCUACAUGACGCCGAAAAUGCGUAUCGCAUGACACUGAAACAGGAACCGGAAACUGGUUAUUGAGUUAGCGUGGAGAAUGCGGUAGCUUACUGAACGGAUGCAAAUAUCAAAGGCAUAUACCUAAAUAUGUACGUGCAAUGAAACGGAAUGAGAAAGCAGCGCGAGCAGUUGAAAAAACGCUGGUUACACUUAUGUAUAUACUACAAAUACAAAUGUAUGUAUACGCUGUUCUUCAUGAAGAUCAUCCCGCAAAUUCGGCGCCAAUUUGUUCACCGAUGUUUAUUCGGUACUUUAAGUCAGGUUACUUGAAGUAGUAAUAGUGGUCAACGGCGUCAACUACUUGUUGAUCAUUUUGUUUAGAAAGUAAAUAUACAAUUAUAUUUUCCUCCCGAUAGUCAUAGUGUUACAUGGACUUCCAUAUAGAUAUGUAUGUAUGCCACACUAUAAGUAAUAAAUGUUUUAAAAAUUCAUGGUAGAAAGUUUUUUUUUUUUUCAAGUUAAUAUAAACUGUAUGAAUUGACAAUAAUCAUUGUUGCAAUUUUUUAUGCCUUUGUCAACUAAGUAGAUAGGUUUUAUGGAAAUUUUGUUGUUAUAAAAAUUUGUUAAAA